GCGGCUGCUCCGGACCCGGGCCCGGGCCCCGGCGGGAGCGAUCCGGUACGGCCGGGCGCUGCGCUCGCCCUGCGCCAUGCGCGCAACGCACGGGGGCUGCGCGGCCCGGUGGGAGCGGCGGCCGCGGGGCGAGCGCCUCUGAGGGGCAAUGGCGCAGGACAACGCCGCCUUUUGUGGGGUCACCGAGGGGGUCCCCGGGGAGGCCAAGCCCCCCCCGGUGCCCCCCCGACGGCGAGGGGCCGGUGCCCGCAAGCGCCAGCGUUACGUGGAGAAGGAUGGCAAGUGCAACGUGCAGCACGGGAACGUGCGGGAGACCUACCGCUACCUCACCGACAUCUUCACCACCUUGGUGGACCUCAAGUGGCGCUUCAGCCUCCUCGUCUUCAUCCUCGCCUAUGCCGUCACCUGGCUUUUCUUCGGCCUCAUCUGGUGGUUCAUCGCCUACUGCCGAGGGGACCUGGACCACCUGGAGGACCACGCCUGGACGCCCUGCGUCAACAACCUCAACGGCUUCGUCUCCGCCUUCCUCUUCUCCAUCGAGACGGAGACCACCAUCGGCUACGGCCACCGCGUCAUUACCGACAAGUGUCCGGAGGGCAUCGUGCUGCUGCUGCUCCAGGCCAUCCUGGGCUCCAUGGUCAAUGCCUUCAUGGUGGGCUGCAUGUUUGUGAAGAUCUCCCAGCCCAACAAACGAGCCGAGACCUUGGUCUUCUCCUCCCAUGCCGUGGUCUCCCUGCGGGACGACCGCCUCUGCCUGAUGUUUCGCGUGGGUGACCUGCGGGACUCGCACAUCGUGGAGGCCUCCAUCCGCGCCAAGCUCAUCAAGUCCAAGCAGACGCAGGAGGGCGAGUUCAUCCCCCUGGACCAGACCGACCUGAGCGUGGGCUUCGAGACGGGCGAUGACCGCCUCUUCCUCGUCUCGCCCCUCAUCAUCAGCCACGAGAUCGACGAGCGCAGCCCCUUCUGGGACGUCUCACGGCACCAGCUGGAGAAGGACGAUUUCGAGAUUGUCGUCAUCCUCGAGGGGAUGGUGGAGGCCACAGGGAUGACGUGCCAGGCUCGGAGCUCGUACCUGGCGGACGAGGUGCUGUGGGGCCACCGCUUCACCCCGCUGCUGAGCCUGGAGGAAGGCUUCUACGAGGUGGACUACGGGGGCUUCCACCAGACCGUGCCGGUGCCCACCCCGGCCUGCAGUGCCCGGCAGCUGGCAGCUGCGGCCGCCCGCCGUGAUGCCCACCUCUACUGGUCCAUUCCCAGCCGCCUGGACCAGCCGCUGGAGGAGGCGGCGGCGGCAGAGGGAGGGGGGGACCCCGACACCCCCCGGGAGAGAAAUGGCACCCUGGCCAGCCCCGAGGCACGGUGAUGGGCCACGGGCGGGCGCGGGGGUGCUGGGCGCCCGGCUGCUCCCCACCGUACUUUCUUUUAAUAAACCCCCCCCCCUUCUGACAGUGGUGUUCUUGGGGUGCAGGGUGCUGAAUUUGGGGGGUGCGCCUGGGCUUGGGGGGUGCCAAUCCAGUGCCCCCACUGGGGAAUUUGGGAUGAAACGGGGAUUGGCAGAGCCCCUCCCUCCCAUUGCCACAGGUGAUGCCAGGCAGGAAUUAGUGUCCACCUACCUUGAGGAUUAAGGGGGGCUCCAGACUAUGGCACGUUACCCCCCUCACGGCAUUUUUGCCCCCCUGGGGGUGCUGGCUUAACCCUGACCUUCCACUCCUUCCCAGGUUAUUAUUGUAAGGCCUACAGUAAUCGUAGGGUGAGGGGUACAACCUAGGGCCAAAUGGGGGUGAUGCCCGGGGGGGGGGGGGGUUGGUCACGUAGCUUCAUUAACAAGACUCUCAAGCUCCAAA